UACUAUGCAUGUAUGUCCACUGUGCAGGCACACAUGCAAAGAAGCUGUACGCUAAAAUUAAGAUGAUUAUUAGAUAUCAAAUUUUCCUGCUUGUGUGACAUCAAAGCUGUUAAAGUUGCCGUGCAGAGAAAAGGAUUAAACAGCAUAUGACUCAACGCUGGCAUGGAAGACUUGUCAAGAUAUUGGGGAAUCAACAGGAUCUUGUUUCUCAUAUGUUGCAUCGUCUCUAUAUUUUUACAAGCAGAAGCGAACAGCACUUCCAGGAUGGUGGGGAGCACAGUGACCCUGCACUGUACCAGUAACACAAUCGGUGACCUCCUUCAACUGACAUGGAGAAGGAAUGGGACUCAGCUGUUUAGUUUCAGGCCGCAGAAAGCCUCAAACAGCAGCUCUGUCACCUUAAACAGGUCUCCUGCUGCUGCCACCCUGAAUCUAAACAUGUCCACCUUAGAAAGCCAAUCAUAUGCACUAAUCAUAGAGAGCGCCCAGAAAAAUCACACAGGAAACUACACUUGUGCAAUGACCACAGACUCUGGAGUCAUUGAGCAGGAAUGGGAGCUUGUGAUUAUAGAGAACGCUGAAGCUGAAAGUUCGAAUAAAAUCAGCAAACUUACAACAAUUGCAAUUAUUGUACCUUCGCUAUGUUUCCUGAUCUUUAUAUUAACUGCUGUGAUCAUUCUCAGAGGAGUCUGCAAACGGCGUUCACAAGGUCGCCAGCAAUGUGGACAAAUUCAGGUUCACCCUUAUAAAUACAGGGCUGAGAGUGAUAUGAAUUGCACAGUAAAAUAAGGCAUAACUCUUUUAAACGAUCAACCACUUUAAGCAGCUUUCUCCCUGAGUGUGUUGUAAUGAAGAGCACAAUCUGUAAUUGAAGAUGCAUUGUUUUUUCUCUGGGUGAACACCAGUCAGAAUGUGACAUCAUCGAUUUGUAAUCAUAAGUUGACAGUUGACAGUACAUCCCUGUCAGUUUGUAUAGGGUGUGUAAAUCCUGAGCAAAAUAGCUUUCUUGGAGCUCCUAAAUGCACUGUUAUUCACUCACUGGCUAAUGUUGUUUUAAAUGAAUUCAGUUUUAUUUAUACAAGUCCAAAUCACACCCACAUGUCAUCUUAGGCUGCUUGUCUAGUAAGCUCAAGACGUUACAGUUUUACAGAGAGAACAAGUGCCCAUUCAUUAUGCUCUCAGUGCUGCAGUUGCGAAAGUAAAACUUUAAACUUGACGCAUUUGAACAUGAUAGGGUAGUUAGUGCGCUCAUCUCUGAUGCUGUCUCACAGUUUAAUAUAGGAGAUGCAGAGAGAACCAGAUCAAAGCGGAAUUUAUUUACUUAAUUGAAGAUUCUUGGUGAUAAAUAAGACUACACAAACCCUGAUCACUGUUUUUGUUAUCUGUGUAUGCUUUCAUUUCAUAAAUCAGACUUCAAGGCAAAUAAGUUACAAGUAUAUUUAUUGUUUUUCUCAUCACCGGGUAAAUGCAAAUGCAUGACAAUGCAAAAAACAUAGUUUAUGCUGGUGUAACCUCACAGGCGA